AUGUCUGGUCGCAAGGACUUCCUGUCGCAACAGGCGCCGGAGAACUAUGUUGCUGGUCUCGGUCGUGGUGCUACCGGCUUCACCACACGAUCCGAUCUAGGACCAGCACGAGAAGGACCAAGUGAAGAGCAAAUCAAGGAAGCCCUCGCAAAGCGUGCCGCCGCCCUCGGAAAUGCACCUCCCACAGCAUAUGGUGUAACCAAAAAGAAGGACGAGGACGAAGAAGUCGACGAGCAAUUCCGCGACGCCGAGAACGAAGAAGGACUUUUCGCAACCGGAAAUUACGAUCGCGAGGACGAUGAGGCAGAUCGCAUCUACCAAGCAGUCGACGACCGCAUGGGCAGACGGCGCAAGAUCUCAAGGGAAGAGCGAGAACAACGCGAACGAGAAGACUUCGAACGGAAGAAUCCUAAGAUUCAGCAGCAGUUUGCCGAUCUCAAGCGAGCCCUCAAUACCGUCAGCGAUGAGGAUUGGCAGAAUAUCCCCGAGGUGGGUGACUUGACUGGCAAGAACAGGAGGAGCAAGCAGAAUAAGAACAGUCGUUUCUAUGCCGUCCCGGAUAGUGUGUUGGCAGGUGCAAGAGACAGUGGACAGUUGGGCGCGGAAGUGCAGGAUGAGGGCGCAGCGACGGAGGCGACAAAUGGUGAUCAGGCAGACGGGACUGUGACGAACUUUGCGGAUAUUGGUGCAGCGCGAGAUAAAGUGUUGCAAGCGCGUCUGGACAAAGCUGCGCAGUCUUCGGGCACGGCGACUGCAGGCACAAGCACGAGCAUCGACCCGAAGGGAUACUUGACGAGCCUAGGCAACACUGAGCUGAGCAACAUUCCCGGGGCACAAAACGUUGGUGACAUCAAGCGUGCGCGGGUGCUGCUGGAGUCAGUGAUCAAGACGAACCCUCGUCAUGGACCUGGAUGGAUCGCAGCUGCACGUCUGGAGGAGUACGCGGGCAAGAUUGUGGCAGCUCGAAAUGUCAUGCGUAGAGGCUGCGAGAUGUGCCCGAAGAGCGAAGACGUCUGGUUAGAAAGCAUGCGCCUGAACGAGAACGCGAACGCCAAGAUCAUUGCGGCAGAUGCGAUCAAGCACAAUGAUCGAUCAGUGAGGCUGUGGAUUGAGGCCUCGAAACUGGAGGCUGUACCGGCCGCAAAGAAGCGAGUACUGCGGAAAGCACUUGAUCACAUCCCGCAGUCUGUUGCAAUCUGGAAGGAAGCUGUCAAUCUUGAAGAGGACCCUGCUGAUGCUAAGCUGCUUCUUGCGAAGGCUACUGAGAUCAUCCCACUGUCGACUGAGCUGUGGCUGGCACUGGCACGUCUAGAGUCACCUGAGCAGGCACAAGUCGUCUUGAACAAAGCACGCAAAGCAGUGCCUACGAGUCACGAAAUCUGGAUCGCAGCUGCACGACUACAAGAGCAAUCUGGCAAGGAAGAUAUGGUGUACAAGGUCAUGGAUCGUGCGAUCAGAGCGCUCAUCAAGGAGUCCGCCAUGCUUAAGCGUGAGGAAUGGAUCGAGCAAGCCGAGCUUUGCGAGGAGGAGGGUGCUCUCGUCACAUGUCGAUCCAUCGUCAAGGAGACCAUCGGCUGGGGCCUUGAUGAAGACGAUGAUCGCAAACAAGUGUGGCUUGACGAUGCGAAGUCUUCGAUCGCGCGAGGCCGUUUUGAGACUGCGCGAGCCAUCUUUGCCAAAGCGAAGCAGGAGUUCUAUCACCGAAGAAGUGUCUGGCUGGCAUCGGCAGAUCUUGAGAGAAGUCAUGGCACAAAAGAGGCAUUACUCAGCGUGCUCGAAGAAGCCACCAAAUCCAUACCUACCUCCAGCGAGAUGUGGAUGCAGCUUGCCAGGGAGAAGUGGCUCACGGGUGAUGUUGCUGGCGCAAGACAAGUCCUCGGAGAAGCCUUCUCCAAGAACCCCGAAAGCGAAGACAUCUACCUCGCCGCCGUCAAGCUCGAAGCCGACAACGGCGAAGAAGAGCAAGCCCGCAGACUCCUCGCCCAAGCACGCUCCGACGCACGAACAGACCGUGUCUUUAUCCGCAGCGUCGCUUUCGAGCGCCAGACAGGCCACAACGACCGCGCGCUUGAACUCGUCAACGAAGGCAUCGAUACGUUCCCCAGAACCGACAAACUCUGGAUGAUGAAAGGUCAAAUCUACGAAGCAAAGAACAUGCUCCCUCAAGCCCGCGAAGCCUACAGCAACGGCCGCCGCAAUUGUCCGAAAUCAGUACCACUCUGGCUCCUCGCAUCCCGCCUCGAAGAACGCAUGGGCACCGUCCUCAAGGCCCGCGCAAUCCUCGACCAAGCCCGAAAAGCCGUCCCCAAAGACCCUCAACUCUGGACCGAAACCAUCCGCCUCGAACUCCGCGCAAAGAACACCCCCGCCGCCAAUCAAAAACUCGCCCAAGCGCUCCAAGAAUGCCCCAAAUCCGGCCUCAUCUGGGCCGAACGCAUCUGGCACCUCGAAGCCCGCACCCAACGCAAACCUCGUAUCCUCGAAGCGAUCCAAAAAGUCGAAAACGACCCGAUCCUCUUCAUCACCGCAGCAAGAAUCUUCUGGAGUGAGCGUAAAUUGGACAAGGCGGAUACGUGGUUCCAGAAGGCUGUGAUUUUGGAUCCGGAUUAUGGCGAUACGUGGGCUUGGUGGUAUAAGUUUUUGCUGCAGCAUGGGACGGAGGAGAAGAGGGCGGAUGUGGUGGGGAAGUGUGUGGCGAAUGACCCGAAGCAUGGGGAGGUGUGGCAGAGAGUUAGGAAGGAUCCGGCGAAUGCGGGUAACACGACGGAGGAGGUUUUGAGGAUGGUUAGUAAGGUGUUGGAGUAG